AAUACGUCUAGAAAUUUAAAAAUCUAUUCAAUUAUUGCCAAUAUUAUUGUCACAAUUCUCAUUGCUCAAGAUAUCGCUGAUAUUAUUUACACAAUUGUGAAUAGACAAAAUUAUCUGGAUGAGUGUCUUACGAUCUGGUUGAAUAGUCCUUCUAACUAUACUAGUUCCGAAGCUAAUGAUAUUUGUGCCAACUCGUAUAAUAUUACCCUGGUAACUGAAAUUAUUACCGACAUUAUUAGAGCGAUCAUUUUGAUUUAUUUUGCCACGGUUAUCGCAUCUUACGCUUUAAGUCGUAAAGAAAAAGAAAUGCGAAAUAGUGGAAAUAGUGAAAACAAUACGGAAAAUAAUACAGAAAAUAGUACGGAAAAUAAUGAGAAUAAUAAUCACAUUGUCGAAGUUCAUAAUGUUUUGAAAACAACUGGCUUAAAAUAUAAAUUGCACGCUUAUGGCACUAACAUCGCAGAGGGUCCAUUAGAUAAAAUUUUUGAAGCUGUCAACAAAUGUAUUUCUAAGCUUCAUGAAUGUAACGUUCCUCGUCUUGAUACUACCCUUCGACUUCAGACUCGAACUGAUAAGCAGAAGGGAAUUGAUGAAAGUAUUAAAUGCGUUUGCGAUGCAACUGAAAAGCAUGAAAAGUAA